AUGUCGAGCAACGGCAAGGCGCCCGCCAAUGGCAACGGAGGAUUUCAGCAUUCGCAGACCCCAGUCUUGAAUGUCGAGCCACCCAAACAUGAAGACCUACAGCCCAGGUAUGCGCAAACGAUUCAAGGCGACGAGGGUGAUAGCCAUGGCUGGUACGGAGCAAUGAUCAACACACUCGGCACAUUUGUCGGUUUCUGUGGCGCCAUUCCCUGCUGCAUCGUCUGCCCCAACCCAUACAAACCCGUCGACCAAGGCAAAGUCGGGCUGGUAACGAAGUUUGGCCGCUUCUACCGCGCUGUGGACCCUGGUCUCGUGAAGAUCAACCCUCUUUCCGAAACACUCCUCCAAGUCGAUGUCAAGAUUCAGAUCGUUGAGGUCCCCUCCCAAGUCGUAAUGACAAAAGACAACGUCACCCUCACCCUCACUUCCGUAAUAUACUAUCACAUCACCUCCCCACACAAGGCCGCCUUCGGCAUCUCGAACAUACAGACCGCCCUCAUCGAGCGCACACAAACCACCCUCCGCCACGUCGUCGGUGCCCGCGUCCUCCAAGAUGUCGUCGAGCGCCGCGAGGAAGUUGCCCAAUCGAUCGGUGAAAUCAUCGAAGACGUCGCCCACGGCUGGGGCGUGCAAGUCGAGAGCAUGCUCAUUAAAGACCUCGUCUUCUCCAAAGACCUGCAAGAAUCGCUCAGCAUGGCGGCCCAAAGUAAGAGGAUCGGAGAGUCGAAGAUCAUCGCUGCCAGGGCGGAGGUCGAGGCUGCGAAAUUGAUGCGCCAGGCGGCGGAUAUUUUGAGCAGUGCGCCUGCCAUGCAGAUCAGGUAUCUGGAGGCAAUGCAGGCGAUGGCGAAGACGGCGAAUAGCAAGGUUAUCUUUUUGCCGAGCCAGAAUCAGACUGUGCAGAGCCAGAUGGUCGCGGGCGAGAUUGGGGAGAGCUCGGGUGCGAGUCAUAGUGGGGGGAGUGGCAAUGGUACUGGGAACCCGUUUGAUGGGACCACGGAUGGGUUUCAGCAAGCUAUGAAUGCUAGGGUUGUGGAGAAUAUUUGA